UUCAGAGCUCAUGCACCCAUCCCUUUGAUUAAAAGACCAGAAAGCUUUCUAUGGCGGCAGAGACGAAGCCGAAGACUAUAAAUUGUUAUCAGAUCAAAAUCAAGACUUCAUUAUCAAGAAUUGAAUAUCAAAGUUAAGAAUUCAAGAUCAAGAACAGAUUCAACAGAAAUGGAGGAGGACGAAGCAGAGAUGUACGAUGGUAUGAGAGGUCAUUUCCCUUUAGCUUUCGGUAAGCAAUCGAAGCCCCAAACCUCUAUCGAAUCCAUUCACAAAGCCACUCGUCGCCCCACCACCGCCACCGCCACCGCCACCGCCAACAAUGAAAAAAACCUCCCCUCAUCUUCUCAAUCUCUCUCUGACAUUAAUAAAGAUUUUCCUUCUCUCUCUUCCACUUCCAAAUCCUGGUUGGACUCCCUCAAAAACCCUAACCCUAACCCUAAUCUUGCAAGCGAUGCUGUGAUUGGACCGCCUCGACCUUCAUUUGCUUUGGAUUCGGUAAACGGUGGAGAGGACGAAGAUGUGAUAAUUGGUCCGCCUCGUCCGCCGCCUCCUGCUUCUGAUGAUGAGGAUCAGAUGAUUGGACCGCCUCGGCCAGCAGCCGUUGAUGAAGAUGACGACGGCGAGAUGAUUGGGCCGCCUCGGCCAGCAGCUGUUGAUGAAGAGGACGACGGCGAGAUGAUUGGACCACUUCGCCCUCCACUGGAUUCGAGAUUGGAUGACUCAGAUGCGGAAGAGGAUUCUGAUGCUGGGGAAGAGAACGUGUAUAGGAUACCUCUCAGUAAUGAGAUUGUCUUGAAGGGUCACACCAAGGUUGUUUCUGCUCUUGCUGUUGAUCAUUCGGGAUCUAGAGUCCUUUCUGGUAGUUAUGACUACACAGUUCGCAUGUAUGAUUUCCAAGGGAUGAAUGCUCGAUUGCAAUCCUUUAGACAGCUUGAACCUUCUGAAGGGCACCAAGUUCGCACUCUCAGUUGGAGUCCUACCUCGGACAGAUUUCUGUGUGUGACUGGUUCUGCUCAAGCUAAGAUAUAUGAUCGUGAUGGACUUACUCUGGGUGAGUUCGUCAAGGGGGAUAUGUAUAUCCGUGACCUCAAGAAUACCAAGGGCCACAUAUCUGGAUUGACUUGUGGGGAGUGGCACCCAAAAACAAAGGAGACAAUUUUGACAUCAUCGGAAGAUGGUUCACUACGUAUAUGGGACGUUAAUGACUUUAAAAGUCAAAAGCAGGUUAUCAAACCAAAACUUGCAAGGCCUGGAAGAACUCCUGUCACUACAUGUGCUUGGGACCGUGAGGGAAAACGCAUUGCAGGUGGUAUAGGAGAUGGGUCCAUACAGAUAUGGAGUCUUAAACCUGGAUGGGGAAGUAGGCCAGACGUACAUGUUCAAAAUGGUCACUCGGACGAUAUCACUGGACUUAAGUUCUCUAGUGAUGGGCGAAUUCUACUGUCAAGAAGCUUUGAUGGUUCACUAAAGGUUUGGGAUUUGCGCCAAAUGAAAGAUCCUCUUCGGGUGUUUGAUGAUCUUCAUAAUCAUUAUGCUCAAACAAAUAUUGCAUUUAGUCCUGAUGAGCAACUCUUCUUGACCGGAACAUCUGUUGAAAGGGAUAGCACAAUUGGUGGUUUGCUAUGCUUUUAUGAUCGAACAAAACUUGAACUUGUGUCAAGAGUUGGAAUAUCGCCAACUUGUAGUGUAGUGCAGUGUGCUUGGCACCCAAAGCUGAACCAGAUCUUAGUCACAGCUGGGGAUAAAAGCCAAGGAGGAACUCACAUACUGUAUGAUCCAUCCCAGAGUGAUAGAGGAGCUCUUGUUUGUGUUGCACGUGCACCGAGAAAGAAGUCUGUUGAUGAUUUUGUAGCACAGCCAGUGAUCCACAACCCCCAUGCACUACCCUUAUUCAGAGAUCAGCCAAGCCGUAAGCGUCAGCGGGAGAAAAUAUUGAAAGACCCAAUGAAGUCUCAUAAGCCUGAACUUCCCAUUACAGGACCAGGCCACGGUGGAAGAGUCGGUACAACAAAGGGAAGCUUGCUGACUCAAUACCUUCUUAAGCAAGGGGGCUUGAUUAAGGAAACAUGGAUGGAGGAAGAUCCAAGAGAAGCUAUACUGAAAUAUGCUGAUGUUGCAGCAAAAGACCCUAAAUUCAUUGCUCCAGCAUAUGCUGAGACACAGCCUGAACCACUUUUUGCGAAGUCUGAUUCCGAGGAUGAAGAGAAAUAAUCAGAAUAUGUUGAAACUUUUAUUUUUCGGCAUUACGAUUUUAUGGUACUUGUCCAAUCCUCAAAAACAAAAUAACUACAAUAAUUUCUUCAUUAUGCUUCUUUCUAUAUUGGCUGGUUCCCAAUUAUUUCCCCUUUUGUACAGCUGGAUCUUGGAGAUGUCUCACCUGUCACUUAGUUGAUAGAACCAUGCUUGAGGCAUUGUAAAAUUCUUUAUGCAGUAGCUGUGUUCAGAAAACAAUGUGCUGGUAUCACAAGUAAUGUUAAUCUUGGCUCUUUAUUUAUUUA